UGUGUUGUGGACUCGUGGUGCUGGCUGCCGCUGUUGAGGCGGCCGGGAACGGGCGGUGGGGAGCGGGCGGAGCUGGCCUUGCCUCUGCCUGGCUGGCGCCGCAGUCGGCGCGGGCCGCGCCCGCCGCCGUAAACUGCCCCGAGCGCCUGCUGAGGCCGAGGGAGACGUCGGGGCCUGCACCUGGAGGGAGCCUGCCGCGCUGGCCCCGAGGAGGGGGCGUUGCCAUGGCGACAGCCUCUCCCGCCGCUGACGGGGGGCGGGGGCGGCCCUGGGAAGGAGGGCUGGUCUCCUGGCCCCCUGCCCCUCCCCUUACUCUCCCCUGGACUUGGAUGGGUCCGAGUUGGGGGCAACACCCUGGGCAUUGGGGCUUUCCAGCUCUCACAGAACCUUCAGCAUCCCCAGCUGGCAGUCUUGGCAUCUUCGAAGUAAGGAGAGUUUUAGAUGCUUCUGGAUGUUCAAUGCUAGCACCUUUACAGACUGGAGCAGCUCGAUUUUCUUCAUAUUUACUUUCAAGAGCAAGAAAAGUGCUGGGCUCCCACUUAUUUUCUCCCUGUGGUGUUCCGGAGUUCUGCUCCAUAUCCACCAGAAAACUGGCGGCCCACGGCUUUGGCGCAUCCAUGGCGGCAAUGGUGCCCUUUCCUCCCCAGAGGUAUCACUACUUUUUAGUGCUGGACUUUGAGGCCACGUGCGACAAGCCACAGAUUCAUCCUCAGGAAAUUAUCGAGUUCCCCAUCCUGAAGCUAAAUGGUCGAACCAUGGAGAUUGAGUCUACCUUUCACAUGUAUGUCCAGCCCGUAGUCCAUCCACAGCUUACUCCCUUCUGUACAGAGCUCACCGGGAUUAUUCAAGCUAUGGUGGAUGGUCAGCCAAGCCUGCAGCAAGUACUGGAGAGGGUCGAUGAGUGGAUGGCGAAGGAAGGCCUCUUAGAUCCAAACGUCAAGUCAAUUUUUGUCACCUGUGGAGACUGGGACUUGAAAGUCAUGCUCCCAGGUCAAUGCCAGUACUUGGGCUUGCCAGUGGCGGACUACUUCAAGCAGUGGAUUAAUCUGAAAAAGGCUUACAGCUUCGCCAUGGGCUGCUGGCCCAAGAAUGGACUUCUAGACAUGAACAAGGGCCUCAGCCUGCAACACAUAGGCCGGCCCCACAGCGGCAUUGGCUAACUCCCCUCACGGUUGGAAGAUGGCUUCUGCAGUCUCAGACAUUAUGGGCAGACAUGAAAACAUCCAGCAGAAUAUAAAGGACUAUUUCCUCCUCAUGUUUCUCUUCAUAAGAGUGAAGUUUUCCUUGAAGGUCUUUCAGCAAACUUACCCUCACAUCUCAGUAGCCAGAACCCAAGGCCACCCCUAAACCAAUGACCGGCAAGAGGGAUAGGAUCUCCACAAGUGGCUCAGACACAGAAGAUUCACCCUGGUCGUGUGAGGGAGGAGUGAGUUCUGCCAGGUUGGCAGAAAGGGAAUGGCUAUUGGGUGAGCAGUCAAAAGUAGGGAAGAAAGUGAAGAGAGGAGGUGGGUGGUUUAUCUGGAAAGAGUAGAGGUAUUAAUGUUUCAAGGUUCCAGUGAGAUGAAAGAAAAGUGUAUUAUUGCCAGUAACUAGGAAGAUUUGAAUUUAAUAUUUCAAAGGACGAGCAGUGGAGGAUGUUAAAAAGGUAGAGGGUGUAACUGUGGAAAUGAGUGGAAAUAAGAUACAGUAGAAAUGGUCAUUAGUGCUGAGGUCAAAGAACCAAGAGACUGGCAGCAAGUUUCUCAAAUGACAGGUUAUAGAGGCUAGGACAAGCAGGUCUCUUGAGAAGGAGGUAGCCAGGGUCUGGAUUGAUAGCACAUGCUCACAAGUAAGGUUUCACAUAGGCUGCUGGCACACAGGUCUGGGGCCAGGUCACAGGUGCCUGGGGCAAUACUGGCAAAUAGCCUAACCUCUCUGUAUCCCAGUGUUCCCAUUUUGGAAAAAAAAAUCUACCCUGGUUGGUCAGGCCACUCUGGAAAGGGGUAAGGCCAUCACCUUCCUAUUAAAGCCACACAGGGACCUUCAGAAGAUAGUCCCUCAGGAGACCCCCUAGAUGGAAGCUUGGUUGGGGCAGAGAUGGCUGCCAGUAAUGGCAGAUGUGCUCAACUAUUCUCGGUAGCUGCCUCUUCUCCUUGCCCCUCCCCAUCCAGGUCCCCUUCACUUGGCUGUUAUCUGACUACCCUCUGGCACUUCCAGCUGUAGUAUUCCAGAGUCAGAAGGAGGGUGAGGCUUCUCAGCCCCUCUGUCUGGAUGGGGCCUUGGCUGGGAAUGAGUGGGGGAGGCGGGCACCCGUUGUCAUGGCCAGAACAGCCGCCCUGUUACUCUGGCGUAUUUCACUUUUAAUUCUGACAUAUAAUGUAAUGAUCUUUUUUAAGGCCCAAUGAUAUUAUCUGCCUGACUAGAUUAUUGAGUCUUCAUCAUCUCCAGAUAAAUUUAUGGCCAGGACGAGGCUCAGGAUUUAUCAUCAGUCAAUAGAGCUCGAUACUCUAACAAGGCGUGUAAUAAGAUAUACAUAUUUAAUGAUCCAAGGGGAGGAGCGCUAAUGGGAGCCCAGAGUGAGUGGUCCACAGGGCUGGGGCUCUGCCCUAGGGCUGCCAUAGCUGUAGGGGCAUGGAUGUGGUCUCUGCCCUGUGGUCCCCAACUCUGGCCUGUCUCAUGACCACCUGAGACUCUUCCUUGUUACGAUCCAGAGGGAGAGGCAGACAGGGAAAGGAAGAGGAGGCAGUAGGGACAGUGUCAGAGCUGGGGCCUAGGCCUCUUCAGCCCAAAGGAUGUAGAGACGCCCCAACAGAGAAGUCCUCUCCUUGCUUCUGGGCCCGGGGUAGGGGAGUAGCGA